CCAACAGCAGCGCUUGCAAAGAGCUCUCCUCCUCCCCUCUCUCUUUCGCUCUCGCGUAUGGAGAUCGAGUGUCACGCUGAGCGAACCCACGAGUCAAUUUAAGAGGAGCUAUUGAAGUCUUCCCUGUUUCGGCUGCCUCAAGAUUCCUCCGCUCAUAGCGGAACCAUGAUCCGCGGUUUUCCAGGGGGGAAGUUAGUUCUCGGUACUCGUACGAGUUUCCAGCUUCGGAGCUCGGACGCUCGAGGAAGGAGCCUCGAAGAGCUGUUUGUUUGAAUUUGGAGUGCCCCACUUUUUCUUCCGACUCUGUGUUUCUUUGAAGGUAAGAUCAGAAUUACCCGUAAAGCAUUGGGCGCUGGUUGAGGCUUUAGAGUGAAGAAAGGCAAGACUUUGACUGCUUUUUCUCCAAACAACGUUAAUCUUGAGCUUUACCCGUCUGAGAGGUUCAACAAUCCGACAAUCAAUAUCCUGAGCAAUUCUAACAACUUGCGAUGGCAAAGAAGUCGCAAAGGCGGCCUGUACAGCGUGAGAAAAAUCAGGCAAGCUGUAUGUGGGGUCUGAUUAGAAUACUGGAUUUUCGUUCCUCUAGGAAGCUGCUAACAGACCAAACAAGGCCAGAUCGCCUAGUUGCUGGUGCUGCAAACCCAAGAAAUAAACUUGAAUUGCUAAAUAGUUGCGAUGAAGAUCUUGAAGGAAUGCUGGAUUGCGAAGAAGGAAUGGAAAUGAUUGGUGCAGCUGGAAAGAAUAGUGUGAAAUCACUCAUUGAAAAAGAAUUGGUCAGCGAGGACGUGAAAACAGGAGUGAGCAAAACUGGAAUUGAGCACAAAAGAUCUAGUUUAGCGCAGGAGGAGAGUCAAAGGAAAAAGAACCGUAAAAGAAGUAAGAGAAGUUUGAAGAAAAGCUAUGAUUUGGACAGGGAUCAUUUUGGGCCCACUGAAGGCUCAGAACUCAAGUGCUCCUGUGAUCAGAACACAUAUCAACUGUUAGCAGCUAAUCACAAUGAAAAUGAAAUAGUGGAGGAUCUCUGCCAAGAAAUUAGUCAAAAAAGCAGUGGUUGCAAAAAGUGUGAUCCCUAUGGUCAAGUUCGGGUGCUGCUAAAUUCAAAGCAUUCAGACAUGGAGGAGAAACUGUUUGAACUGAUAAACGAGUUUCUCAGUAAACAGCUUACUAGCGGGAAGCAUCUCAAAGAGUGUGAAAAUAUGCAGUGCUCCACAGAUGUCAAGAUGCUCCAAUUUCUGGCUUCGGCCGAGUUUUCACUUUUAGAUCUUCUGCGAGAUCCAAACAAGACAGUAAUGCAGUAUAUUCAGAGCUUGCAAGAUUCUCAUCUGGAGUCACCUGAGGAAUUUAACUUAUCAGGAGAGCAAGAUGGAUUGAGGCAGUAUGAAGACUCCCUUCAUCAUGAACAACUCGACAAGUUGGGAAGAAGAGCCGAGUCUCAGGGAGAGAAGUCUUUCAAUAGGAAUGAGAAAUCUCCAGUUUCUAACAGGAUUGUUAUCUUGAAGCCUGGGAUGACAGAUCCACUGCAACUCAAAAGGGGGUGCAACCCAUGCUCAUCACCUCAAAUCCUGUACACUGCUAAGAGGCAGAGCACAAGAGCAAAUGCCCACUAUUUCAUUAGUGAUAUUAAGAGAAAGCUGAAGAAUAUGGUUGUGAAGGAGCAUCCGGGAAUUACUGUAGAUGGUCCCGAGAAAUGGCACUGCAGGGGGCAGCCAAUUUUAGGAAGUGUUGGGGAAAACGUAGGAAAAUGUUCUGCAAGUAAAGAUCACCUCUAUGUUGAGCUUGCUGGAAUCAAGAGAGAAAAGAGCAAAGAUAAACCAGGAGAUAUUCAAGUGAGCACUAAAAUGGAAGCUGCUGAUAAUCACGAGCAUAGGUUAUCAAACGUUUAUGUCGAGGCCAAGAAGCAUCUCUUCGAGAUGCUCAACCAUGGGGAUGCAGAUGCAGUUUCUUUGAGCAGACAGUGUCCAGAAACCCUGGGGAGGAUUCUAUCCAAUCCCAAGUUAAACUGUUUUCCAACUGUAAGUCCUCGAAGUGAUUCAAAGCAUGGCAUCCUAAACCAUCCGCACAGUUCGACACGAAGAACUAUAGAGUCAUGCAUUUCCAAGAGUUUCACUGGAAGUGUUCAAACUCUGGAGAGUGACCUAAAUAUCACAGAGAUGGUUCUUUCAAGUGAUAAAGUAGAAACCGCUGAUGCCUCUACUAGAGAGGAGAUGAUUUCAGAAGAUAUUUGUGGAGCUACUAGACUGGUAAUCCAGGGAGACCACCACAUCUCUGGUCCUCCUUCAGAACCAGUCAAAUCACUCGGCGUAUCAGUUGAGUCUAUACCUGAAGAUGAAUGUUCCAAACCCAUGACAAAGAAAUCUUAUGGCAUGGAGCAGCAGCCACUUUCUUUGUGUUCAUCUCCUCCAAGUGCUUUAACUAUAAAAAGAGUUGAAGAUCUAGAACUUGUCAUUGAUAGAUCGGACCGACCUAGUCCCGUGUCUGUUCUGGAGCCAUUAUUCACAGAGGAUGACAUUAGUCCUGCAUGUCCAGUUCCUGUUGAGCUCUCAACACAAUCUCUACUAGUUGAAUUUGAAGAUGACUUUUCAACCACAGAUGAGGAGAUCUAUUUAAGAAACUUUGAGGCGGAAAAGGAAUUAGUUUUCGAAUAUGUAAAGAAGGUACUCGAAGUCUCUAACCUGGAUUGUGAUGAUCUCUACUUAAAGUCACAAUCUUCAGACCAGUUAAUUGAAUUGUCAGUCUUGGAUGAGGUUGACUUCUUUGGUGACCACCUACAUUCUGAUCAUAAGCUUCUCUUUGAUUGCAUCAAUGAGGUUCUCUUGGAGGUUUUUGAGUACGAUGGCAGCUGCUACCCCAGCGUGUCUUUUGUGAAACGCAGAAUUAACCCAAUCCCAAACAUGAAAUAUGCUGUCCUCGAAGUAUGCAGAGGAGUUCAUUGGCAUCUUCUCCCUCUUCCUCUGCCACGAUCUUUGGAACAGAUCGUCCAAAAGGACAUGAGUAGAAUGGGAACUUGGAUGGGCCUGCACUUCGAUGUGCAAAAUAUUGGCGUCGAAAUGAGUGAAGCUAUUAUUGCAGAAUUGAUAGAGGAGAUCAUGUCGAGCUGUGUGAAUGAGAGAGUUCGGAGAGCGAAUGCCGUCCAAUCAGUUUUGCUGGGUCAUAUGAAAUUGGAAGCAUGGCCACUGGCUCAUGACAAGUAUGAUCAGAUGGUGUUCUUCUGUUGAGUCCUUUCACAGAGAGAAGGCUGACCGGUUGCGACGGCG